GACAAACAUCGACUCUGAAACUAUGCUUGGUUUAUUAACUGCAAGUAGGGUAAAUGUCGACAACUGCGAGGAGUUUAAAGUCGUGUUUAAGGUAAAGUUUGGUUUUCCUUUACCGCGACGUGCCCGUUAGGUCUGAGCGAGACAGAUGGCGGACAUGGAAGAGAAGAGUCCCGACGGGGUGAAAUAUUUCCGACUGGCAGAGAUCGAGGAGCAGAACACGUUCAAGUCCACUUGGAUCAUCAUCCACUACAAAGUCUACGAUGUCACCAAGUUCCUGGAGGAGCACCCUGGCGGGGAGGAGGUCCUGAGGGAGCAGGCGGGCGGAAACGCCACCGAGAGCUUCGAGGACGUGGGACACUCGAGCGACGCCCGAGAGAUGGCCAGCCAGAUGGUCAUUGGCGAGCUGCACCCGGACGACAGAGACAAGCUGGCCCAGCCGUCGGAAAGUCUGCUGACCACCUUGAAAGACGAAGAAAGCUGGUGGCCUAACUGGUUCAUUCCGGCCGUGGUCGCCGUCAUCGUCACACUGGUGUACCGCCUCUACACAGCCGAGAGCGAGGCAUGAUAUCAUCGCCUGCCGCAGUGACAUCACCGCCGCCCUCACUAACAGCCGAAGCUCCGCCCUGCAGGCGAGCCGGGGGCCAACUGAAAUUGCACUUGUGAAAAUUGUCCUCACGAUUUUAGCCAUGACAUUUUUGAAAUAUCUAUUUUUGUUAUCUAAUCCAUUUGAAAUCAUGCAAGGGGGAGGAGCUCCAGGUCAUGUGACCAAACAAGCAAAACAACAGGGCAUGAACAAACUGAACAAUGCUUAUAAGUGUCCGCUUGACUUGAAUGGGACCAAAUAAAAUCAUUAAGGCACA